GGCAGUUGGUUCAUAAAUAACAGACGAAUAAGUACGCUUUGCGACUCCGACUUCACAAACUACUAUCGAACAAUUGUCGGUUUCUUUCAGACUAAUUUUUACAAAUUUGAUGGCGUCGCGCAAAGAGAAACCUGUGACAGGAAAGGGAAGCAAUCCAAAUUCAGCGGAAGAUGACAGACCAACAGCUAAUUCUACCAAUGAAACUUCUAUAUCAGUUGAAGAAACUAACAGAAUAAGAGCCAAACUUGGUUUGAAGCCAUUGGAAACUGGAGAAAAAAAUUCCACUGUCGAAUCCAGUUCUGAUAAAAAAGAUGUUCAUGUCCCGGCAGAGAACUUGCGUGAAAAAAAGACAACAGAAGAGUUAAGACGUAAGCUGGAUGAAAGACGGGAAAAAAGAAAAAUUGAACAAAAGCUUGCACAAGUGCGUACCAUUGUGCAAACAGCAACAACAGAAGAUGAUGAUGCUGUUAGCUGGGUGGAAAAAUCCAGGAAAUUGCAGAAACAAAAAGAAGAGGCUGCAAAACGGGCAAAAAUGCUUGAAGAAAUGGAUGAAGCAUUUGGUGUUGCGGAUAUGGUAACAACAGAAUUGAUAAAACAAAAAGCCAAAGCAUACACUAGCAAAGAUCUGCGAGGAUUAAAAGUGGAACAUGACAGGGAAAACAUAUUAGAAGGAAAAGAUGUUGUAUUGACUCUGAAAGAUCAGAACAUAUUGCAAGAGGAAGGGGACGUCCUUGUAAAUGUAAAUCUGAUAGAUACAGAAAGAUACAAAAAGAACAAUGAAAUCAAGAAACAGAGACCUGGUUACCAGCCUUUUGAAGAAGAAGAAGUUGAUGAAUUGGGUAUUCCAAAAUCCAAUCUUCUGGCUAAAUAUGACACUGAAAUAGAUGGAGAAAAAAGAGACAGCUUCGUUCUAGGUAAAGCUGGUGAUGAAGAAGCCAAACUAAAAGCGCAAAAGUUGAUGAAAGACAAAUUACUAUUGCAGCAGAAGAAAAUUGAGUCGCUAGAAUCCCGGCCGCUGCAAAUUGCCUCUGAGUACUAUACGGCAGAAGAAAUGGUUUCCUUCAAGAAAGUAAAGCGUCGCGUGAAAAAAGGUGGAACGAAGGGCAAUCGUGUAUUAAAAGCCGACGAUCUUAUUCAAGGAACAGGAGAAGAAGUAGUUUCAUCAGACUUAGGAUCUCGAAAGAGGAAAAUGGAGGAAGAGGCUGUGGAAGAUUUGAGCGGUUUCAAGGUCACAAUAGAAGAGUCACAAAAAGAAAUUCGACAAGCAAUAAUGAAGGCGAACAAGCUCAAAGAAAAAAAGGUUGAGCAAUGGGACAUGACUACAGUGGCGAGGUCAAUAAAACGCGAACCAGUUGAAGAAAACGAAAGUAUGGAAGAAGACCCGAUGAAAAGUAGUAUCAUACUUAAUGCAACGGCAGAGUUUUGUCGAACUCUUGGAGAUAUUCCUACAUAUGGCAUGGCAGGAAAUCGUGACGAAGACGAAGAUGAGUUAAUGGAUUUUGAGCGACAGUUAGCAGAAGAACGUAGAAGAAAUCAAGAAAAAGAAGAACGGAAGAGGGAAGCCGAAAGACUUCAGGAACGCGGAGGAUGGAACGUAUUGGAACGCGAUAACGAGCAAGGAUCCGACGACAGCAUGGAUGUUGAUCGUCACGAAAAAGAUAACGCUACCGUUAUAUUGGAUGAAGAACCUGAUGUCGGCUCGGGAAUGGCGGCUGCUCUAAAAUUGGCCAUGAGCAAAGGCUACCUCGAGAAAGAGGAGAAAAAGAGGAUUGUAAUUUCCAAAUCCGCACAAGAAUUGCAAGCGCAGCGUUACACAAUAGAAGACAAAGCAACGGAAGAUGAUAAGUACUCCAGAAGAAAUCGGUUCGAUGGUCCGGUUGUUGAAUUCAAAGACAAAGAAGGCUAUAAACCUUUGCCAAAACUCGAAUACAUGGACGAUAAUGGCAAACCCAUGUCGACAAAAGAAGCUUUCCGGCAUCUAUCACACAAAUUUCAUGGAAAAGGAUCUGGCAAGCUUAAAUCCGAAAAGCGAGCCAAAAAGGAUGAAGACAAAAUGUUAAUGAACCGAAUGUCGUCGACAGAUACACCAUUAAACACGUUAAAAAAAUUGCAGGACAAGCAGAAAGAAUUGCAAAGCCCAUACGUGGUUCUUAGCGGGAAAAUGGCACCAACGUCAAUAGUGAAACCUGGCAAAGGGAAAAAGUGAAAGGUUUCAUAGCAAUUUGGCAUCUGACAGCAACUGCUCUGUAGUCACGUUGUUCUGCUGCCACAACUGACGGAGCCUAUCAAGGUUCAUUCGCUUCUCUCUAGGGACACCUUCCAUUAGAAAAAUGUAUGGUCCAAAUUCCUGGAAAGACUUCUGAAUAUUUAAUUUUGAGUUGUAUCCUUCACAUCGACUUGAAAUACACUUGAUGGUAAUGUUGAA